AUUAACUUUAAACGCGCGAAAGUCAGCCGAGGAACCAGAGCAAGAGCUAGAGCCAGAGUCAGAGCAAGAGCCAGACAGCAGAGUCGUCGCCCAGUCGUUUCCGUUUACCAGCUUGCCAUCGCCUUUGCCCGAUUUGCCUAAAAACGAACACCAAGAUGCAGAUCCAUCAGGCUGUACUCGGAGCCGCUGUGCUCGGCAUGCUGUUGGCCUUCAGCUGCUCGCUACCCGUUCUGGACAUCAGCUCGGGCAUCGACAACGACACCCUUGAACAAAUCCAGGCCAGUGUGAAUGAUACGCCCAAGAAUCUGUACGUGGUCAAGGCAGUUGUCUAUGAGAUCGGCAUCCUCACCGAGGUGGGUGAGAACGACACGAGUUUCGAGAGCCAGGAGCGUGUGGACCUCACCUUCUACGACACGCACAGCAACAAGAGCCACAUUGACCUCGGCAACAUUCCCCUGCCCAUCCAGACGAACAUCACUGGCCAAGUGCUCACCGGCAUUGCCCCUGUGAACCUUGGCGCGUUCAGCAGUGCCCAGGAGCUGCUCGAGACGCUGCCACUCACCGGCAGCAUUGUGAACAUCACCCACAGCGAUACAGCCUUCUAUCAGCUGAGCAGAUCGAACACCAGUGCCGCUGACAAACCCCAGAUCCUGGACAAGGACGCCCUCGCCCAGCUGACGCAUGCAGCGCAGCUCUUCCCGCCGAGCAGCAGCAUAGGCCAGUCGCUGCCAGUGAACCCGGCAGAGGACAACGAGGUGGCGGUGGUCGAUCAGGAUCAGGCCACCAGUUAGACACACAAACAUCAAAUUGAAACUAUAGUACGCGAUGCAGUGCAUUGCCCUUCCAUAUACCUUUAGGAUUACAUAGUUACAUAGCCAUACAUAUAUCUUUCAUCACACAAACACACUCAAGUAUGGAAAAGACUGGACGAGGAUAUCACACACACCCACACACACAGUUGCCAUGGUCACACAUCCCAUCACACGGUUGGAAUUUCUAUUUCACUUUUCUAUUGUAAAGUAAAAAUAAAUUUCGCAUUAGUGC